CAAAAUUCAAAUAAACACAAAAGUGCCGUUAAACUUUUAAAGCCCAUAGUUAGGCCCAAUACAGAUGAAAAGUCCGUUUUAGAACAGAGAGAAUACGAAAUUUGAAAAGAAGAGAGUGGGACAUUGGAAACAGAAAAACCAAAUUCCCUCUGCUUCAUCUUCUUCCUCAUUUUCAAAUUCACAGAUCCUAAUCUUUUUUGAACCUUCCAUCAAUAAUGGCGUCUCGCUACAAUUCCUACGAUUCUAGAUCAUCCGUAACCUCCUCGAUUCACUCAGAUCUAUCAUCCUCCGCAGAAUUCAAAUCGAACAAGCCAAUUUCAUCGAAAGCCAUUGUCAGAUCCAAAUCUUCCUACUUAACCAAAACAACGAAGCCCAUAAAGCCUGAUAGUAAUCCUGGAAACCUCACUAAUAUGAUGAAGAAGCUAAUGGAAAUGAAGAAAUCUAAUUCCAAGAGCAAGAGGGUCGAGCUUGUGAUUCCCGAGGAACUGAAGAAAAUUGAUACUGGCAAAGGAGGAGGGAAGAGUACAUUGGGAACAUUGCAGAGGAAGCUAUUCGGGAAGGAGAAGGUGAAGGCAUUGACAGAGGUUAAGAGUAACACUAGGACAUUGUCUAUGGUUCUGCGAAGCGAAAGGGAGCUUCUGGGGAUGAACAAGGACCAGGAGGUUGAAAUAGCUGAGCUAAAGUUUCAGCUUGAAGAGAAGAACCGAGAAGUGGAGAAGUUGAAGGAUCUGUGUCUGAAGCAAAGGGAAGAGAUAAAGUCACUGAAGAGUGCGGUUCUGUUUCCGGAUUCGAUGAAUAGUCAAAUCAAUCAAAUGCAGGAGCUGAAUCAGGCGAGAGAGAUUAUACCUAAUCUUCAAAAGCAGGUCAUUUCACUUAAUGGACAGCUCCAAUGCAUUGCUCAAGACCUUGCUGAGGUGAAAGCGAACAAGUACUUGUCAGAAAGCUGUUACUGGCAAGCACAGACUUCUUCCUAUGAUUCACUGGAAUUCAGCUCAGGUAGCCCUGAUGGAUUGGCUCUGGAAGAUUUGAAUCCAUGCCUAACUCCUUAUACCAAGAAGAAGCCCAAGGAGUAUGAGAGGGUUGACUCAGCAGAAGAGAGUUUAUCAGGGAGAAGCACUAUAACAACAACAGGCGGUAAAGUCAAAUCGAGUUCAAGAAGUGUAAAGAUGUCAAGGAGCUCAGAGGGAAAGGCAGGGCAGAGAUCAGAGGAGAGCAAAGGAUGGUAUAGAGGUGGGAGGAUGUUUUAAGGUGAAAAAAAGAAAAUGCCUCAUAUAAGGUAAUCUUGUUCCAUUUUUUCCACUUGAUGUACAAUGUCUCUUGCUCUCAACCUCCAGAGAGUAGUAUGAUUUUGGUAGGAACCAUCUGGAGCCAUGAUCCACGAUUGAGUUGAAUAAGAGAAGAGUGUUGUUAUAUGUAAAAUAGAAGUCUUUCAAAAUAAGUUAAUGGUGUACUUAGUAGGUGAGGAGAGAAUAUGUGUUUCCGUUGCAUCCCUUCUUCUCACUUGAUGAUCUCAUUGAUUAAAUUAUCAUUAGUAGUGUUGUUUAUUAGAGAGUCUAGAGAUGAUGUUGAUACUCCAUCCCUUUCUUCAAGAUACAUGCUUUGGCAUU